GAGGCAGACCAGUCAAACCAGUCAGUCGACCGAGCGACGCGGGUAGCGACGGUCGAUCGUCAGACGAUCCAUUUACAUCGACUCCGCUCUCAAGCUCGUAGAAAACACUGCAAAGGGUAGGAAGCUCAGGAAGGCGGAGGGAAUUGGUGAUCAUGCGUACGUAGGGAGGAGUAAUAUCGCGUCGGAUACGAUGCCGCGAAAAUUCUCGCUUCAAACAACCCUUCGACGACGGCCAACGCGUAUCUCGAUCGGCUCGCACCCCUAUCGACGCGUCACGCUUUCGAUCGUGAGAAAAAAGGGAGACUCGGCCAAUCUCGUCGGCUAUUCUCAACCUAUCGGCGUCCUCGGUGAAGGACACCCUUUCUUUGCUGGAAGGGAUCUCCCAGCGCGAUUAGUCGGGAGGGAAACGAAAAAAGAGAAAAGUUCCUGUGAGAGAUUGCUACCCUCGCCUGAUGUAGCGAAAUCGAACGAAGCAUUUCCUCUCCAGAGACUAUCAGUGAUAGAUCGUCUCACGACACGAAGAAUUUAAAGGGCCAAUUUCAUCGAACAGCAACUACAUCGUGCGUUGAAAAGCGAGAAAUCAGUGUAGAGGACCAAUCGACGAUUCGGAAUCGCAUCACAAAGAGAAUCGAUUUACGAGUCCAAAAAGGAACGUUAAUUAUGAUCCGUUACAAUUAAGAUUACGCGCGAGUGACAAGUGCACGUGGCAAAUUGACGAGUGUCCGCGAAUAAACGCGGCGAACGAAAUAAUUGAGUCGUCAGAUCGAGAUUAAGUGCGCGAGAAAGAAUGAAGCUUAGGCAAUCAGUGUGGAACGAUCCUGUUAAUCGGCGCUUAAUGAGUGCCGCGUGAGUGUGCGGAAAAGAGAACAGCUAUCGCGCGCGAGAUGAAACUGGGAGAUAAUAUGACUAUGGAAGCUUGUAACGUAGCUGACUGGAGCGACGUAGGUAGUCCACGAAAGUAUCGACCACCGCGAAUCGGAGACAUUCCACGAGGUUCUGCGGUCGAUAAAUCACCUUCAAAUUCACCCACUCAGAAGAAAGAUUCUGACGCUGAGCAAUUGCCGACGGAUGCGCCGGGUCCGUCAAAAACACUAGCGAGCCCAGAGUACAUCCAGGAAGUACGCAAAGACAGCGCACUGUACCUCGAAGAGGGAGAGGGCGCAUUAAAGACCGUGACCACCACUGAUGUUCUCCGGAGACAGAGCUCGGGCUACGUGAGCCGUCGAGAUAGCCUGGACGAAAAUAGAAGAAAUUCCAUGACGAGUAGCGACACGCAACAGCAAGACAAAGAGAGGCAUAAAUCGAAAUCGAUACCUCUUGGUGCCUUGAUUAAGGAUCUUGCUGAUAGAAAAGAGGAAAACAUUGAGGAGAACACUGAGCCGUCCGCAGAUACAGCGAAGGAGAGAAUGCCGACGACAGAGAUACACAGGGAGGUGUCGAGCUCCAAUCUCGACAUGCCCAAUGUUGAUGAAACGAAGGAGGCCACCAGAGAGAAGACUCUGCCCCGACAAAUAAGUUUCGAGGCUCACGAGAUCACCGACGGACUGACGACACGUCUCACCGACAUGCAAGUGACGUCUAUCUUCAAGAACCCCAACAUUUACCUCCCGCGCAACAGCGGCAAAAAUGCAUCACUGGACAAGGCGGAUACGAUUCAGCGAGUUGACACAGUCAUCGAUCAUUCUAGCGCCGACUCGAAUUGUAAGAAUGUGCACAAGACAAACGUGGAAACUAUUAUUGCCUUGGAUCAUAAUCGGACAGUAGAUUUGAGAAAAUUAUCCUUGCCCGACGAAGCAGGACCGAGUCAGCGACUGUUCGAGAAAGCCGAUGUCACCUACAAAUCCGUUCAUUCUCGCUACCCUCACGCCAGCCCAAAUAGAUUGCCGAGGAAACGCAUCCGAGCCCUCAACAGGGAAUGCUCCGUCGAUAGCCAGCAUGACGGUCAACAGCAGUUGAAUCAAUACAAAGUGCUGAAUGAGAUCGGAAAGGGCUCUUUCGGUGUCGUGAAGAAGGUUUUCAACGAGGAGGACGGCAUGUAUUACGCCAUGAAGAUAGUGAGCAAGAGGAAAUUAAUGAAGAAAACGGGGAUAUUUGGGAAGAUACCACCGCGCCGAGCGGGCGCCGAUCCCUUGGCGAAAGUUUACAGGGAGAUCGCCAUCCUAAAGAAACUCGAUCACCCGAACGUCGUGAAACUUGUCGAGGUGCUCGACCAUCCCGACAAGGACAAUCUCUACCUGGUCUUCGAACUGGUCCACAGGGGAGAAAUCCUUCUUAUACCCACCGACAAACCUUUGAAUGAGGCGACGGCCAGACGUUAUUUCCGCGAUGUUGUCAUGGGAGUCGAAUAUUUGCAUUAUCAGAAAAUAGUGCAUCGUGACAUAAAGCCGAGCAAUUUACUGGUGGACAGGGACGACAGGAUUAAAAUCGCUGAUUUAGGCGUCAGCACGGAAUUAAGAGAAUCUGGAGAAUUAUUGACGGGACAAGCUGGCACGCCGGCCUUCGCGGCGCCCGAAACAACCGUUGCUAACGCGCAGUACUUGGGACCGCCAUGCGAUAUAUGGUCGAUGGGGGUGACGCUGUACGCGCUUGUAAUCGGAGAUCUUCCUUGGCGCGCUUCUGACAGCACGGCUAUUCAAGAAAUCGUUCGUUCGAAGCCGCUCGUGUUCCCCGACAAUCGGUUAUCUUCGGAACUGUGUUAUCUAAUUGAGGGGAUGCUGGAUAAGUCGCCGGAAACCAGGCUGAUACUCCCGAAGGUAAAACAGCAUCCGUGGCUGACGAAUAACGCAACCGAACCACUGCCGGCUGAGGUCGACAACUGCCGCUUACGGGUCACCGUCACCGAGGAGGAGGUCAUAAGAUUGGGCACUCUACUCCUCGUCAAGAACAUGCUGAAACAACACAGCUUUCAGAACCCAUUUCUGCCUAAGCGACUCGGGCGGACAGCGGACAACGACGCCGGCACGGUAUCACCAGUGGGAGGACCAAAAGGUGACGUGUCCUCCUCGAAGAGCGACGCGAUGAGAGAUGCGAAAGCGGAACGUUUUCACGAAGCCGGGAGAAGCAAUUCCGCGCCGGAUUCCUACGAUUGGCACACAAGCGGCAGACAAUUAUCGGUAGAAAAUCCCCUAUCGCCUGUAACGGAAAACGAGAGGAGAUAGUGCCACGGUCCGUCAGCACGAAAUCCCAAGCGAAAAACGGGCCGUCGUCAAACGGAAGAUAGAUCGGGACGCAUCGUUGAUCGCGAUUCAACGAGCGAUCGUGACAUCAAAAGGCGAAAUCGUCGAACGAACCAACGAAAGUUUAAUCUUCCAGAGAACCAUCGUUAUCGAUUUCACUCUCGUCGCUUGUAUCGUCAGAACCACGGAGCAUUGCCUUUAGUUUUGCAGGUAAGAGCUCCGUGAGUUGUUAUAUGAAUACGCGAAAAUUCCUAACCGGCGAGGCUGACGAAAAAGCGGAUCGAGGACUUGUUAAAAAUGUUUCUGCUGGAUCUCAAAUGUUUAUUGUUUUGUCUAAAAGAAUAUAACGUCGCGUUUGAAUGUUCGACAUUAUACUGUACUACGCGUGAUAUUUGGUGAUUGCACUUUUGGCUGUUUUUAUUAUUUGACCAUAGUAAAAUAGGAAGGACCUUAUUUGCAAUUAAUUAUCACACAUAAACAGCUCACCGUACAAUCUUCAAAAGAAUGUGAAAGAAUUAUUAUAUUUACUUUGCUAUUGACUGCCAUUUUUUACAUAAAUAAAAAAAUCUAUUAAAUUUGAUGACUACAACACGAUAAUAUUAGAUGUAAAUAAUCCACCAAAUAUUAUUUUAUUCUGUUUUUUUAUCCAGUAACUUGCAAAAGCAAUUUGUAUUAAUAAUGGAAAAAUUAAAAAACGCAUAUCACUACACUUUUAUUAAAGAUUAAUAAAGCGAUGAAAUAUUUAAAAACGUUACAUGUAUAAAAUUGUGUAACGAAAAUAGAUGAUGUGUUUUAUUGUGAAGGAUGAUCCGAAA